AUGGCAGAAGCAAGAUGUUUACUUAUAUUAAAAUAUGUAUCUACCUUGUUAAACCCAAUUCUACAAUAUAUAGGUCAAAUGCCACCUAGUGAUUAUUGUGAUAUGAUUAUACAAGCAUGGACAUCUGCUAUACCAAAUAUGAUGGCUCUUGAAAAUGCAAAUGCUAGAGAUUUUGAUAAUGCUGCUAAAGUUGAAAUUAUAAAAAUUUCAUCCAAAGAUUAUAAACAAAUACAUGAAUUUUAUGCUGAUCAAGGGGAUUCUAGAUGGUUAAAUCUUUUUAGAGAAGAAGUGCUACAAAUAGAAUCGAAAGUAGAUGAAAUUAGUCAAAUGACAUCUCAAUUCAGAAGGAUAAUGCUUGAUAAUCAAUCCAAAAAACCAGAUGAUGAAGGUGGAUAUAAUGAGGAAAAUAAUAUAUGA